AUGAAUCGGACAUUGGACAGAAAUUUUGUUUUGCAAAAGCAGUUGGAGCGGUCAUUUAAAGGUAUAGAAAAAGAAUACAAAAGUUCCCAGAGAAGGAAUCAAUGUAUAGCAGAAUCAUGUGUUUCAUUUACGUAUCAAUUGUUGCAUGAAGCAACAUUAAAAGAAAAAGAAAAUUUCAAGAAAAGACCAAAAACAGCAAAACCGAAUUAUUGCAAUACCCACGAUAGAGUAACUGAAGACACAGGUGUUAACAAUACACGACUUCGCCCACAAACAGCUCAUGGUCAAUAUGAUAAAACUGACAGCAAACAAAAGCGACCAUCUUCAGCUCACCCAUUAAUACCGCAUGAUGAAAACAAAGGUGAUGAACAAUGCGAUGCUGAGCGUAAGGAUUCUUUUCAAAAACCAAAGAAUGCUUUGACAAGGGUCAAAGAAAUAGUACAAAAAACAAAUUCUCUCAAUCCAAAUGUACUCAACGAAAAGAGGAACUCCCAAGAUGAACAAAUAUCUAUCGAAAACGUUCCGAUUACAUACGACACCCGACAGCAAAACCGUCGCCGACCGAAAACUGCCGAUUUUUAUCGAAAGAAGCAACCUGAAAGUGAACUGGCUAUAUUUUGGUCUAGAAAAAUACGAUACGCCAUUGAUAAAUGGGAUUUAGAGGAUAACGAAGAUGAUUUCAUCGAAAAUGAUACAAUAAGCGUUGCUUCUCGUGCUUCUCGUGCAAAGCGACCCUUAACACCACCUGUACAUAAAACGGAAAUGACCGAAACAGAGAAAAGACUGAAAGCCUUUGUUCGGAGAUUUGGCUCGAAAUAUAGGACACAGAUGAACCUAUCGACUGCAACAUCCGGUCAUAGCGCUGUAACCACGGGAGGUCGUAAAAACUUUUCUAUUUCUAGACAGGAACUUGCAAGCAUUCACGGAGAUGUAUCAAGAAGAUUAAAAAACACAAAAAUGAUAAUAAAGAAAAGCGGAACAAUACAGCGUUCAGUCGAGAAGUAUGCGGAGUAUGCAAAAGAAUUAUCUUCGGAGGGUAGAAGUUCGGUAAUGAAUUUAUCAAAAUUUUCGAAAAAGAAUUCAACGUUUGAAGUCAAAGUUUGAGAUAUCAAAUACAGACCAACAUAUACUUGAGCAUAUUGUUUUAGAAGUUUAUCAAUGAGAUAUAUCGAUAUGCUUGGUAUCAGAUGCUAUUACUUUGGACCCGGUUCAGUAAGACUCGCGUUGACACUCGGACCAAUUGAACAUAUGGUGUUUAUCAGAGAGGAUUCUACAACAAUGAAACAAUAUUUGUGUGUAUGUAUUCAGCUUCAACUUCCUAGUCGAGGUAUUCAGCCAAGUUAUCUGUGCUGACAUUUAUAAUGUACACUUAAUUAGAAUCAUUUUCAUAACAGCGUGGACAAGACCAUUUCUUGGCGCGCUCAGGUUAUCAAUUGACUGGGUCAGAUUAGGUGAAUGUUCGUCUGUAACGCCCACUUGUCACAUCGUACGUGUUAUAGACAUUUAAACUGUGUGGUCGCCAAAGGUUCUAAACGCCUAAAUCAAAUAAUACGAAUAACUAGCAGAUGACUAAACCUUGUGUGUUGAUUUAAAUGUUGGAUAAUUAUACUUAACCUUUCUUUUUCUCUUCUCGUGCACUGGGUCUGCAUGUACUUUACUCUUUUUAUUCUAUUUAAAUCCCCAUUGGAAGGCCUCUGACAGACUGAGUGAGCGUAAAAUCACUGUUAUCGAUAGCCGAUGACAAACAAGUUAAAGGUAAAUGAUUCAGUAUUAUUACCAACAUAAGUAUUGCGGUUGUCCACGCUGUUAUGAAAAUGAUUCUAAGAAACUCGGGGAAGAAGUUGUAAAACAAAUAAAAUACAGAUUAACCAAAUAUAAAGAAUAACAGGUAUUUUUACUCUA